AUGCGCCUCAUAAACUGCUUAACGCUUGAACUCGAAGAGUUUUUCGGCAGCAACAUUCCGCCUUACGCAAUCCUAUCGCACACCUGGGGCAAUGACGAGGUGACAUUCCUUGACCUACCUCUCUAUACACCGGCGACGCAAGCCCGAGCGGGAUACCAGAAGAUUGAGUUUACCUGUAAGCAAGCAAUCUCUGAUAAUCUCGAGUAUGCAUGGGUUGAUACUUGUUGCAUUGAUAACAGAUCUAGUUCAGAGCUGUCCGAGGCUAUCAACUCCAUGUUUGCUUGGUACAGGGUCGCACGCCGUUGCUAUGCAUAUCUCUCAGAUGUCCUGGAAGAAGGGAUGGACGAACAGUUUCGCACAAGUAGAUGGUUUACCAGAUGCUGGACGCUACAAGAACUCCUGGCACCAAUAGACGUUAUCUUCUACAACUGCAACUGGCACCGGUUAGGCCGAAGGUCUGACCAUUCAGAGUUGAUAUCCGGAAUAACGGGAAUAGAUGUGGACGCUUUGAGGGGGAGAAGUGCCAGGAAUUAUGAUAAUGGCGAUCCGUUCGGUGCUCACUGCGUCGCGAAGAGAAUGUCCUGGGCCUCACAAAGAGAUACGACCCGUACAGAAGACAUGACUUACUGUCUGUUGGGGAUUUUCAACAUUAACAUGCCGCUGCUGUACGGAGAAGGUGACCGGGCCUUUCAUCGCCUGCAAGAAGAGAUC